GCCCCCUCCUCACCCAGUUGGGCUGGGGCGCUGCUCGGCACCGCACGCCCGGCCCGGGAGCAGCCGCCACCCCCCCGCACUGCCAGACAAAGCCGGGUUCGGCGGGGGGCUGCAGCAGGUGGCGAGAGGCGGUUCCCCGCGGAUCGCAGCAGAGGAGGAUUUGGCUGUUCUCCAUCACCGCGGAGCAGGCAGACGAUCUCCCCAGCACCUGGGUGGGACAAGAUGGAUGGCAAAGCUACUGCCAAUGGGGUCCCCCCUCCCCAGACCAAUGGCACGGCAACCGCUGGGAAAGGGGCGGCCGCGGGGCAGCCUGCAGCAAAGCCCAAGCCUGCCAAGAACGCGGUGAGAUCGGCCCCCGUCUCUGGAGCUAGGCGGCCUGUGCCUGACCACGCCCGCCCACCCACGGCCCCGUGGGGUGGCUCCAAGCUGCUCAGCAAUGGGGUGCCCCCGAGGGCCGAAGCCUCGCAGAGGAAGCUGCCAGCGGCAGCAUCAGCACCCAAAGCUGGUGCUGCCCCUGCCAAGCCCACUCCAGACAAACCAGUGGCCAGGAAGCCAGCGGGUGAGAGCGGGGCAAAGCCUCCGGAGAAGGCCGGGCCGGGCAAGGCCGGGCAGCCGAAGGGUGUGAGGAAGACGCCGGUUCCAACCAUGGCCUUGGUCCCAAAGUCGGCCUCAGUGAAGCCUGAGAAACCAGAAUCUGCCAAGCCUUCCAGACCCCCUGCUCCAGGGACGAAGGACACCACACUGGUCUCCACCAGAGCCCUGACCAGUAACAAACCAGCUGUGGCCAAACCUAAGCAGAUGGCGCCACCUGGUGGCCAGGCCUCAGCAGUACCACAGCAGCAGAAAAACACGACUGCCUCUGCAAAGAAAGGCCUCGUCAGAGCUGCCCCCAUCUCCAGGGCCCGGCUGGCUGGCUCGAACCCCACCCUCAACAAGAUUGCUGGCCCGGCCAAGACUGCCAAAGCUAAGCUUCCGGCAGAGCCCAAGGCCAAGAGCCACCCAGUUCCUGCCACUCCCAAGGCCUUGGAGAAGCCAAAGGGGCCGAAGACCCCUCCCAAGGCAGGGGGCAGCCAUCCUGCCACCCCACAGAGAGCAGCGGCCUCCCCCCCGAAGAGGCUGCCCGCUGGGAGCCCUGGCAAGAAGCCCCCUAAGAAAGAGGCUAGCUACAACCUGGAGCCAGUGCCUGUGCCCAGGAAAAAGCUGCUUUCCCCAGGACAGGGAGAGGCCAAGGAAGCUGCUGCUGAUGUCCUGCCUGGCACAGAAAGGGCAGCCUCCGAGGGCAGUGUGAGGCCUCUGGAUGAGCAAGCGUUAACAACGGAGGGGGGCCUGGUCCUGCCCAAGCCGGUCCCUGCAGAUGAGGAUGCUCCUGAGAGCUAUAGGCCAGAGGUGCCGGGAGCAGAACAAACACCCGCCAGGGACCUGGAAGGGGUGGCUGGAGGUGGAGCACCCCAGGAAGCAGGAGGCUCAUCUGGCCCAGAGCUGGUGGCUGCCAACCCUCUAUCCUGCCAAGAGAGCUGUCCUGGAGAACAGCAGCUGACUGGUCUCUCCCCACCACAAGGGGUGGGCUCUCCUCCCAGGGAGAUGCUGCCCCCAGCAGGCACCUGGGGGCCAAAGCCAGCAGGCACAGAGCUCCCUGAUGUGACACUCAAACCCCAGGGAGAGCAGAGCCUGGCGGACACGUCAUCUAUGCUUCUAGACCCCUGUGAGACUGGCCCAGCAGCCCAGGGGGAACCUCUGCCCUGCCAGGAAGCCCCAAUGGCUGCUGAGUGCCUGGACUUGUGGCCAGAAGGCAAAGGAAGAGCGGCUCAGGAUGUGACCUGCCUGGCCUCAGCCCAGCUGGAUUCCUCCUGCCCAGCUGGGGCCUCCCAGAUGCUGCCCCUCAGUGAAGAGGUCCCUCGGGGUGGCACAGGGGGACAGCAAUCUCCAUGCGGGUCACCGAAGCACCCGGCAGAGCUUCUGCAAGGGGGGGAGCAGGAGGAAGAGAUGCCAGAUGAGCCGGAGGCAGAGUGGUCGACGCACGAGACCGACUCGCUUCCUCGGGUUGGCCUGGAGGGUUCCUUGCCAGAAGAUGUAGCAGAGCCAGGAGCUGUGGACCUGAGAGAGGAGAGGGACCAGAGUGUGUCUCUGACGCUGCCAGGGCGUGAACAGGAGACCCAGGAUGCUCUUCCCCUGGAGAGAGGAACUCAGAGCACUCCCGGGGGCUCUGGGAGGAUGGGGGAUCUGGAUGCCGAAGGAGUGACUAGCACAGAGGAGGCAGUGGCUGCUUCCCAGUUGAUAGAGGGGCUCAGCAGAGAGCCUGUCCGUGCAGGGCAUGAGCCAGAGAAGGCUGUUCCCCCCGCAGAACAGCUCCGUGAGGACAGCGAGGGCCCUGAAGACCAACCCAGUGUCACUUCUCCUGGCAUGUCCCUCCCUGGUGCUGAGCUGACAAGAGUCACCUUAAGCAGCCUUGAGGAAGCUGAGCUGCAAUGCACCCGCCUAGGUUCUCCUGGAGACGUUGCCGAGGUGGGGCCCACGGAAGGGGAACUCCCACUGAAGGGUGAGGCUGAUGUGCUGGAGGACCUGGAGCCACAUGGCCAACGGGAGUCACCACUGGGUCCCGAGGUGACCGUGCACAAGCCUCAGAGCCUGCCCCUAAAGAGCCUGGAGCUGCUGCAGGAGCCGGCCCAAUGCCCCCCACCCCCGGGGCAGCUGUCGUCCAGCAGCGCCGAGUCGGAGGGGCCGUCCAAGAGCCGCUCCUCCAAGUCCAGCACGCUGAGCGGCCCCGACCUCGCCGGCAAGAGCAGCAGCGAGACCAGCACCCCGGAGGAGCUGCGGGAUUACGACAGCAGCUCCGGCGUGGAGUCCAAGUCAGACGAGAAGCUAGAACAGAGCUUCCCCCGCAGCCCGCUGGAGGACCUGCCAGGGGAGCAGGACCUGGGGAUCCACAUGGAUAAGGGGGACGACGAGGCAGAGACCCUCCCAGCAGAUGAGCUCCUAGGUGACCCACCCACUGAGCCCACAGUGUCCUCUGAGGAGGAGGGGGAGCUGGAUGGAGACCUCCUGAAGGAGCCCAGCUUCCCUGCCAUGGGCAAGCCCCUGGUGUGCCGGGUGCCCGCCCCACCCCGCAAGCCAUCCCUGGAGGAGUCGGAGGAGCUGGGCUCGGGUGACGCCGGCACCGGGACGCCGGCCUCCACCAACUCGGCUACCUCCUUCGACGCCGCCUUCCACCUCCACUCCACUGACAGCUGCGGAAAGAGCCCCGGCCUCUCCUCCCUGGAGAGCGAAGAGCACUCGGCCGAGAGCACCAGAGACCAGAUCCUCAAGGGCUCAGAGCCGGCCAGCCUCCCUGAGGCGGAAGAGCAGGGCAAGAUCUCCCUCCCUGGGGACUGGGGCUGCCAGCUGGAGCACCCCCUGCAGAUGGGCCCGGUGGAUGAGGAGGAGCCGGCCUCCCAGCCCUAUGGCACCGCUCCCCGUGGCCCGGCGGCAGGUAACGUAUAGAGGAGCCUGCCGUGUGUGUCCAAGUGCCAACGCCGCGGUACCUUAAAGCUUAACUCAGUCAUGUGCAAUAGUGUCCCCUGCUGAAGGGAAUCCCCCCAUCAGUGUCUCCUCUCCCCCCUGCUCCCCCACCGUGUAUCUCCCACCUAGCCAGAUGGGUCUGAUGUCUCUGUACAGUCCCUCGGUCAUAGCCUAUGUUUUUCUGUCUAGAUCAAAAAUACCAGGCUCUCCCCCAUGAUCACUGGCACCUAGGGGGAAGGUGUCUGUGUUUUAAUGUUCUUCCCUUUUGGGGUGGGAGAUUGGGGGUCAAACUUUUUUUUAGCCUUUCAGUACAUUGAAUAAAGAGUCACUUAUCUGGAUCUGA